UAUCGUGGUUGGGAUGUAGAGAGCAGAGAUCGGAGUGCAUAAUGAAACAGAAUAAAAUAACAAAUCGCAAGUGUUGAAAGAAAUAUUUGUUAUCGUAAAAGUUUGAGUAUCUCCCAAUGUUGUUCAUCAGUGGCUAUGGUACGAUAACGUAACGUGGAAUUCAUCUGUAUAAUUCUCUCCGCUCUACGAAUAAUAUUCCGGAAAGUUACAAGGGUAUUCGAGGUAAUUGUUGCGCAAUUCGACGAACUGUCACCGAUGUAUAAUACCUCAUAAUUCUCUCCGUUAUACACGUAUGCUGCCGACUGCAUAAAUAGCUUUUGACAGAUCUACGCUUCGCCGUGGUUCGUUAGAUUAUUGCGGCUUUAGCAACAUCCGAGAAUUAACCAUGGAAAAACAACCCUUAAGACCAGGAAAUGACAAACCUCCACCCUACUCUGCAACUGUUCCUCCUAUCACACCGACUAGUCCGCCGCAAGCUGGGUCGUGGCAGCCACCCCCAGGGUAUUAUCCGCGAGAUGGAGCACCUUUCCAGAGUUCCUACUUGCCAUCCUACGGAGCAACUGCACCUGCAGCCUCAACGACUGUGAUCGUCCCUGAAAUAAUCCUCGUCGGCGCCUGCCCUGCCUGCAGAGUGGGCAUGCUGGAGGAUGAUUACACGUGUCUGGGCCUUUUCUGUGCGAUAUUUUUCUUUCCACUUGGAAUAUUGUUUUGUCUGGCAUUGAAAAAUCGAAGAUGUUCAAACUGUGGUGCUUACUUCGGUUGAAAAUACGGAGGUAACGGCGAAAAAAAAUGGAAAAUAAUUAUAUAUGAUCAUAUAAAUACAUAGCUAUGUGUAGAAACGAAAUUCCAUGUGCCUUAAGAUGUAUAAAAUCUAUCACAAGACUCAUGAUUUACUUUUAUAUACAUAUAUAUACACACAUAUAUAUAUAUAUAUAGAUUACAACAUUCGAGUCCGCUGAUUAAUUCUAUAACGCAUCUAUAAUAUAAUACAAGUUGUAUGUUAUAAUCGAGAGAUAUAGACGUAUUGUCGUUGCAGCGGGUAAUUAGCUCGCACAGCUAACUCGCUCCGGUUUAAAGUGUAUGUACACGUAAAAUUAAUUAUAAGAAGUUGCCAUGAUCAUUUUUAACAAGUGAUAAAAUGAAAAACCAAUAUUAGUAUGUGUGUAUUGCAAAUGCAGUGGAUUGAACGGCGCCUGAACUCGAGAAUAUAAUAACAUAAACAAUUUCUAUGGCGCGAUUUUUUUACUGUUUGUUUUAAUUCUUUAUUUUCAAAUAUUUGCCCUCCUUCCAAGGCUACUAUACCGAAUAACUGGAGAAAUCUAUACGAU